AGUAACUCCCUCCCGUUCCGCCCUCGCACACGCACUCCUCUCCCAAUCGGCUAUCUUUCCUCACGCGACUCCUCGCUUCGUGCCAGUAUUUAGCAGCCGUCCUCUCUCUCUCCCACCGACACCUGCCAUCCCCCUUCUAGUUUUUCCGUCCGCAGCUUCCCCCCACUCCCCCCUUCGCAACCAUGGGUUUCGAGGCUAUCCGUGGCCGCAUGAACGUGGCGAUGAACCUGGUGUGCUCGACCAUCGUCUUCCUGUUCCUGAUCACGUCGGCCCCCAUCUCGCAGUUCCGCGGCAAGGGCAUCAAGACCGCCGCCGACGGCACUGUGUCUGGUGCGAGCAAGAUGUCGUGCCUCACUGUGUGGGGCCUGAAGAACGACUGCAGCAUCAACGACUACCACUUCCGCCCUGCGUCGAUGACGUGCGCGCGCGGCAAGCAGCUGUUCCAGGCGUCCGAGGCGUUCUACAUCAUUUCAGUGAUCGUGUCGCUGGUUUCGAGCAUAAUGGGUGGGCUGUACUUCAUGGGGAUUCGCAUGAAGGUGUUGCUGAUGGUGCUGGCCGUGGCGGAGGUGGUGUUUGCGCUGAUCCCGUGGGCGUGCAUGACGGGUGUGUGGUACGCAAGCUUCUGCAACAGCUCCGAGGUGACGGUGGACCGCACCAUCGGCAAGCCGGACGGCAUCCCGUACGGCAAGCUGCUGCGCCAGGACUUCGAGACCAGUGCCGGCUACGGGCUGACGAUUGCUGCGUGGUGCAUCCAGCUGGCCGGCAUGAUCUUCCUGUUUGUCUUGUAG